AAGCAUCCUAUGUUACUCCGGGGCUUAAACAUAGACUGUAAAAUUGGGCUUAAAUUAGCUCUGCCAGAUUUGGAAUUAUUUUUGUGCCUUUAAGAUAUGCCAGAUAUGUAAACAAAAGUGAGCGUAGUUGUAACCUGUGGCUAGCACUGCGCUUCUGGGAAAUGUAGUUCCUUCUGCAAAAAACAAAAACAAAAAAAAAACAGCGUUGUCCGUCUUGCGUCAUCACUCGGUCAUGUAGCUAGCUAGCAACACCUCGCAACGGAAGGAGCUGGUAUGUCGUAGUUAAAAUGAUUACUCCAUACUACCGGGAUGGCAGAGGAGAGGAGCAAUGAGGACAUAGUUGCAGAGUAUCUGGGCCAGAACCCACAGCUGGCCCAAUGGGUCGAAACUUUCAGGGGCUACUGUGAGAGCAACAAGCAGUGGGAUGCUCGGAGAGAGUUCAUCCUGAGAAACAUGGAGGCUUUCCCCACAGUGGAGCCCGGAGUCCCCAGCAGCAGUCUGGACAGGCUGCUCUCUCUGUCCAUGGUCUGGGCCAAUCACGUUUUCCUCGGCUGCAGCUAUCCGCAGGCCGUAAUGGACAAGAUCAAGGAGAUGGGUGAGGGCAUAGUUGUCGUAGAUGCCCCAGUUCACAAAACGACAAAAGAUGGUGUCCUGGCCAGAGGAAAGCGGAGUGCCACAGUCGAGGUUGAUGCUGACGGCUGUGUCAAACGAGCCAAAUGCGGAUCUAAUGAGCUCGACAGUCGACCUGUGGGGCGACAGAAAUCAGGACCUCUUCCACAGGCUCCAGCAGAGCACCAGCCCUUCUUCAACCGCCUCUACAAGGCGGUGGCCUGGAAGUUAGUGUCGGCGGGGGGCUUCGGUCCAAACUUGGACCAUUUUGAGAUACUUCGUAGCUGUGCAGAGUCCUGUAAAGAGACCCUGACCUGCGUGUUUGUGCCACUGAAGGACAUCGCUGGCCUCCCCGCAGGACGCACGCAGAAGGAAGGCCACGUGUGCGAGAUUCGCUGUCAGACAGUUUACAUGGGGACUGGAUAUGGCCGUGAUGAGUCCGCUGCCAAAGCCAUGGCUUCCAAAGAGGCCCUCAAAGUCUUUCAGGGGCGAAAAGUGACAGUAAAGAUCUGCAGACGGAGGUACAAAGGGAAAGACGUGGAGGACCUGAUGCUGUUGGACGAACAGCCUCGGAGCCAGGGCUUCCCUCCCGCGCUCAGCUACCCUUUUCAGGACGAGCAGCUGGAAGAUGGUUCUUCAUAGAGCAGAGAAUUUGUGACGUUUGCCCUUGCCGUGAUGCCUGUUGGAAGCAUGGACAAGUGACAUUUACUGAAUGGAGCUCCUGAAGGAAUUUAGGACCGUGUCGGGACCAGACUGUCAUGCAGCUGAACCUCAUAACUAGGCUAAUCAUCGAGUGACACAGAGCAAAACUAUCAGGAUGUGUUUUCCACAAUACUUUGGUAUUAUAAUACAGGUGGCACAUUGUUAGGCAAAGAUCUGGAAUAAAUCACCAACACAACAAAAAAAUGAAUCCUAAUACUGUAUUGGCUACAUUUUUAACCCCUUUCUGUUUUACAGUUUUAUAGAAAGCGAGUAGUUUAAAAAGUACAUGGAGUUAGAGCAUGUGCCACCAUUUAAAAGUCAAGCAGCCAUAAACUGUUUUAAG